GUUACGAAAAGAUCAGGACGAUUGUUAAAGUCGUGGCUUCACGCGCGCGUCGUGCCCAUAAACGCUGAUAAAUUCGAAGGUUCGAGGACGCCCUAGGGGGUUAUUCGCAUGAAUGCGACGGUCAUGCAUUACGCAAACAUGGACGCCCGCGGUGCCUCACAAAACACCGGACAACAUCACGUCCUCGGAGUACACGACGACAAGAGUGUUCGUGCCGUCUUAUGAAAAAGAAAGACAUCCUCAUAUAGAACAAUUGCUGUCAAACGAAUAUCAACGUAUUUGGUGGCGAGAGAAGCAAAUCUGGGACAAGACUGUAAUUGCUAAAAAAACUGCGAGCAAAAGAAUACUACCGCGUAUGCAGGUUAAGAGAAAAGUACCAACAUGCGUGACUGUGAAAUUUCCAACAAGAGCAGAACGGUUAAAAGGAAAAAAGAAAGAAGAGUUUAAAAAGAAAUCUAAUAAAAACAUUCCAAAUGAGGAAAGCACAAUUGUAAAACAUAACGAUGCAAGAUCAGAAAAGAAUAAAGAAAUGCGAUCAGAGAAAUGUGAGGAAACAGAAUUAGAAAAACAUGAAGAAGUACAGUCAGAGGAAUGUAAGGAAAUAAAGUUAGAAAAAGAUGAAGAAGUGCAAUCAGAGAAAUUCGAGAAAACAAAGCUAGAAAAACAUGAAGAAGUGCAAUCAGAGAAACACCAAGACACAAAAUUAAAAGAACAUGAAGAAAUAAAAUCAGAGAAAUGUGAGGAAGUAAAGUUAGAAGAAUGUGAAGAAACAAAGUCACAAAAACUCGAGGUAGGAGAAUCAGAAGAACACAAAAAAACAAAAUUAGAGAAGAAUGGAGAAACAAAAUCAGAAAAACAUGAAGAAAGACAAUUAGAUGACAUUGAGGAUACAAAGCUAGAAAAAUAAGAAAAAACGAAAUUAAAAAAUAAUAAAUGAGCAAUUGGAUUGUAUUAUACGAUUAUUUCUUGCAUAAUAUGCAAACUUAAAAUUGGC